AUGUAUGGGAACCACCAGCCACAACAGCAGCCCAUCAAGCGAACCAAGCGGAAAAAGGUCGACCAGGCUUGUGUUUACUGUCGACGAAGUCACAUGACGUGUGACAACAACCGCCCGUGUUCGAGAUGUGUGAAACGAAACAUUUCUCACCUGUGUCAUGAUGAAGCCAAGCCAGUACGAGGGAAGCGACAACAGAGCCAGUCUGACGAUGAGGAGGAAGUUCAGGGCCAACAGCAACAACAACAGCAGCAGCAGGGCCAAGGACAACAGGGCCAAGGACAAGUCAGUGGCUUGAAUACCCCCAACGCAGGCAUGUCUGCUCAGUUCAUGAACGCUGGAGGUAUUCAGAAUGGUUUGUUUUUCUCCGAGCAUGCCGGAUCCGAAUUUUCCUCGCUUAACGACUUUCUGACCAUGUUCGACGAUGUAGUUUAUGAGGGACAGCCGAGUCAGGGUCAGAACCAGGGCCAGCAGCAGGGUCAGGGUCAAAGCCAAGGACAGAGUGAAAACGGGACCGGGACCCAAUAUCGCCAAGGACAGGGUAUGCACCAGACACAAUCUCAGAACCAUUCCCAGACCCAGUCACAGACGCAAACCCAGGCACAGGCCAUGUCUCAGGGUCAGCGCCAACAACCGGGCCAUCAGCAUCAGCAGUUGCAGAGUCCUGGUAUGGCACAUCCAGCUGUUACCCAGCAGCAGCAACAAGGCCAGAGCCAAGCCCAAGCUCAAUCGCAAAAUCUCUCUAACGCAUCCCUUACACACGAAGACCCUCCCCAGGUUUCGGAAGCUGCUAGGAACAAGUUCUUUUUGACUGCGGCCGAUCCCACUAUUGACAAUUCGCCCGAGGAGCGUCUCAAACAGGUCAUUUACGCCAAACUCGAAGCGGGGCUUCUUCAGCCGUUCAACUAUGUCAAGGGAUACGCCCGUCUGCAGCAGUACAUGGACAACUACAUGAACAUUUCGUCCAAACAACGAAUUCUAAAGCCGUUGUCCAUCUUUCGGCCAGCUUUUCGAGCCAUUGCACAGUCGUUGAAGGAUAUCGAUCUGGUUCUUGUUGAGGAGGCCUUUGAGCGAAUGUUACUCGACUACGAUCGAGUUUUCACAACCAUGGCCAUUCCAGCGUGUCUGUGGAGACGUACAGGUGAGAUUUACCGAGGCAACAAGGAGUUUGCCGGCCUAGUGGGUGUUCCUGUGGAAGAUCUUCGAAACGGCAAGCUGGCCAUCUACGAGCUCAUGAGUGAGGAUUCGGCGGUCAACUACUGGGAAAAGUACGGCAACAUUGCGUUCGAUUCGGGACAAAAGGCCGUCCUGACAAGUUGCAACCUGCGGUCUAAGGACGGGCGAAAGAGAAAGCUAUGUUGUUUCUCGUUUACAAUUCGACGUGAUCGGUACAAUAUCCCUAGCUGUAUCGUGGGUAAUUUCAUUCCGAUUAACCCAUAA